AUGGCCGUUCGACUUUCGACUCUUUUUUGCUUCAUGGCUGCAUCCAUAAUUCAACUUCCUGAAGCGCAGUCAAGAACAACACGGACAAGAUACGAUGCUGCGAAAGAGCUAAGAGAGCGAUUCGAUCAGAAAUAUUAUCUGAUGCAGCGCUCACAGCUCACUGACAGAAAAAUGGGAAAUAGUGCCAAAUGUGUCUCCGUGUUGAAAUUGGCUCCAGUUUUUGGCGAAACUAGUAUAACUGCCCAAAUAUCAAUCAAGCACAAUCGCGCUAGCGAUCCCACGGAAAACAUAAAAGUAAAAAUGACUGCCCACACGCCCGAUGGAAAUGCGAUAAAAAAUAUGAUAAGAACAACUAAGGUUCCGACGGCAGAAUUACUCUACAAUCAAAAGCUAGUGUUUUCUGACGAUAGAAGUUGCCGUGUUCUCACUUAUGACUACCAAGGGGACACAUAUUGUCAAUUGUGGCUGAUUCAUUCUGCAGUAAGAGGAGCUAUCCCACGAGCUUGUAGCCAUGCCUACGACCAGCACUGCCAGACAAAGCACAGUAUCUUCCAUGCCCAAUGUCUAUAA